AAAUAAAAAAACUAGUUCCAAAAUCAGUUAAAUGCGUAAAUUCGAUAUAAUCCAAAUUUUUUGCAGAAAAUUCUUCUUUUCAUAAGUUUUUCCACCAUAUUUUAUUAAUCUGUUAAUUUUUUGAGGUGAAAAUGCCCAAAUUCGAUAUACCUGUCGAAGAUAAUGAGUCAAUAAAUAGUUCAUUAUCGCUAAGUUCCAAUGAAAAUGGAUCAGUGUCGAAUCGAUCGAUGGCAAGUAGCGUCAGUAUUGGGCCGAACAACAAUUCACCACCGCUUGAAAUCGAACAGCCAAGGCUGAUUUACUGUCCAAACGGUACAAAUUUUCUACCCGUGUGCAGAGAGCCAACUUUAGAUGCGGUUUUGAGAAAAUCAUGCGGACUAACCACCAAUUUGGAUACAUUGACCCACAUUCAAAUGCGUGUCUCGCCAAACGUGUUUGGAUUGCAUCAAAUGCACAUUUUUCUACCAAAUUUAAUUGCACUAAAUUUGGAUGGCAGUUCGUUAGAGUCAUUGCGAGAUUUGGGUUGUGAUUUAAAAGUCAAAUAUUUAAAUGUUAGUCGAUGCGGAUUGAGAAGUUUUGAUGGAAUCAGUGAUACAGUUGAACAUUUGAUAGCUGAUGGUAACGCAAUAUCGAAUGUUAUGCAAUUGGGCGGACUGCAAGAGUUACAUACAUUGAGUUUACGCAACAACAACAUCAAGCAGUUCAAUGUUAUUUGCUUCCUUCCGAUGUGCACCAAACUAAAUAAUUUGGAUUUAACAAACAAUGGAAUUACAACCGUAGCAGAUUAUCGGCAAAAAAUGAAAACGGUAAUACCUUCGCUAUUGAUACUAGAUGGCUUUGGAUUUGAUGAAACUGGAACAAACGCAAAUAUGACGGAAUGUAGCUCAAGCUUAACCAGUGAUAUUUCAAGGGACAGUUCAUCGAUAUCGGAUAGAAUGUCGGAAGCUAAGUUGACAAGUCGACCGUUGAGCGAGACAAAUCAGUUUGUUGAUACAUUAACUAUCGAUUCAUCAUCAGGAAGACCUUCUACAGCAGAAUCGUCUAUUUGUUCAGGUGGUGAGCCAAUCGUUGGGAAUAUAGUGAAUAAAGUUCGUCGUAAGCGUCGUGAAAAAAUAACUCACAAUUCGAGCAACUCUUCAUCGAUACUCGAGUCAAGUUUACAAAACGUUGCGAAAUCAAACAAAUUCCCAAUGCGACUGCCACAAAGUUCGGUAACGCUUGAAUUGGGCAUAAUGAAUACAGAAGGGAUGCCAUCGUCAUCAGAACUAGGCAAAUGUGAUGAUAAUCAAGACGUACAUCAGUUGAUUGAAAUGUGCCGACGCUGGAGAGAAUUAAGCCGUAAAUCGCGUGAAAACCAUAAUAUUAACUCAAAGAGAAAUCAGCACGAUAGACAUGAAGGAUAUUAAAAUCGUUUUUUAUAGCCUAAAUUCGACUUCGAAUCAAAACCAACCAAAACGAAAAAAAAAAAAUGCAACAAAAUAUUCAAAAAGUGACUGAACAAACUAUUUAGCAAAAAAAACUGGCAGUAAAAAAUUGUCUCAUGAUGCACCCCAGUAAAAUGAUAUUUGUUUUUUUAUCUUCAAACGGUCAGGUAUUAUUUUUCUCUUUCUCUGUCACUUCCUUCAGUGCGUAAUACUCUUCGUUUAAUAAAAGUGCGAGCGUCUGCAACAAAAUAUUCCAUCUCAGUUUGCUUCGUUUAUCCUCUC